AUGGUGUCAUUGACAUUAUAACCUCGAGUAUCCGCGUUUCCUCAUUUGUUGUUUCUGGAACAAGGAAUUUCGGUUAAGUAAGUACUACUACUGCAACUUUAGAAAGGAACAGAUGUGUUUUGUUUGACCCUGAUUUUGAUGUUUGCCCUCUUUUGAUCGAAAAAGUUCUUUGUCCACCAAAUCUAAGUAUUUUUAUCAAAAAUAUUUAUUAUAUCGUUGAAUCAAUUGCAUGAGCGACUGCCACAAUGGCGUUGACUCGUGUACCAUCGCCACCUCCUACACCACAAUCUGAAGCAACGCAAUCAGUUGCUGAAAGUUGGUGCUAUACCCAAGUAAAGGUAAUAAAAUUUUCGUUUAUGUGGACAAUUAAUAAUUUUAGCUAUAGUAGAGAAGAAAUGGGAGAAGUCCUGAAAAGUUCAACAUUCUCUGCUGGUAAUAAUGAUAAGCUUAAAUGGUGCCUUCGGGUUAACCCCAAAGGCCUUGAUGAAGAAAGCAAAGAUUAUCUUUCUUUGUACUUACUUCUAGUCUCUUGUAAUAAAACGGAAGUAAGAGCGAAAUUUAAAUUUUCCAUUCUAAAUGCAAGGAAAGAAGAAACAAAGGCUAUGGAAAGUCAACGAGCAUACAGGUUUGUACAAGGUAAAGAUUGGGGGUUCAAAAAAUUCAUUCGUAGAGAUUUUCUUUUAGAUGAAGCUAAUGGACUCCUGCCCGAUGACAAAUUAACUUUAUACUGUGAAGUAAGUGUGGUUGCUGAUUCAAUAAAUAUAUCUGGUCAAAACAGUGCUAUUCAAUUCAAAGUUCCUGAGUGUCAUCUUUCAGAUGAUUUUGGCCAGUUAUUCGAAGGCUCAAAAUUUAGCGAUGUUAUCUUGAGUGUGAACGGACGAGAAUUUGCCGCUCAUAAAGCAAUUUUGGCUGCCCGCUCCCCUGUAUUUUGUGCUAUGUUUGAGCAUGAAAUGGAAGAAAAGAAACAAAACAGAGUUGAAAUAACUGAUAUGGAUCAUGAAGUGUUGAGAGAGAUGUUACAUUAUAUAUAUACUGGUAAAGUUAACAAUAUUGAAAAUAUGGCUGAAGAUUUGCUUGCUGCUGCUGACAAAUAUGCUCUAGAUAGACUAAAAGUAAUGUGUGAGGAACAUAUCUGUUCAAAUCUUAAUAUUAACACUGCUGCUGAAGUUUUAAUUUUAGCAGACAUGCAUAGCGCUGAUCAACUAAAAGCACAUGUAAUAGAUUUCUUGAAUUUGCAUGCAACAGAAAUCAUGGAAACUCAAGGUUGGAAGACUAUGUUGACUACGAACCCCCAUCUUGUAGCGGAUGCCUUUAGAGCUCUUGCUACUCAGCAAAUUCCACAAAUAGGACCUCCACGUAAACGUAUUAAACCUUAAGUCGAACUGUAAUUUAAGCUAUUCUACUUUUCCUCCUGCGUACAAAUUAUUCACUUAUGCUCUUUUGAUCGUAGAACUGUUCUGUUUGGUAGAUAUGUUUUUGUAUAAUAAGAAACUAUUUUUAUUAUGUGAUCUAUAUACUGCCUGAUUCAUCUUAUAUUGGCUUUUGUUAAUAUAUAUAUACAAAAAAAAAGCUAUGCAUUAUGGAUUUUCCUAUUUGUUGUAAUGAACUUGUGAGCACUAUGAAACUGAACGUAACUGGUAGUUGUAUCUGUGUAUAAUAUGUGAAUUCUUAUGUAUAUCAUAUCUAUAUAUUUAAAGUUCAUAUUGUAUCAUGUAUUCAAAAGAGAUGAAAUUUGAUUAUCAAAAAAAUAAUAUCAGUUAUUUGCUGGUGAAAUAAAAGUUCAUAAAAAUGGGUUAUGUAUCUAAAAUUCAAAAUCUCUAUUUUUUAAAGCUCUGAGUCAACUUGAAUGAACAUAAAGGCUUAAAAUUUCAUUGAAGAAAGAAAAAUCUGUCAGAAUUAUCUUAAAUGAUCUCUUUGUAAAACAAUACUAGUUCUGUAAAUACUAUUUUUUAAUAUUUAAUUAGUUUUUAUAAUUAUUUUAAAAUAUUUAGCAUACUCUGUAAAAGAAAUAGUUAUUAAACAUGAGAAGAUAAAUAAAAAUGUGCAAAUUACUGCAAAAUUUUUGUUUUUAUCUGAAAUUUUUUUUUUAUUUAUAUAUAAUAAAAAAAAUUAUUUUAAUUUAAUAGUUUAAGGAGAAAAAAAAUGUUUUAAUUUAUAACAGGAUUUUACAAAUUCACUCAUGUAUAAUGAUAUGUUUGCUGUGCAACAUGCUUGAUUUAAAAAUGUAUUGUUAUAAUUUGUAGGAGUAAUUAUGCAUGUAAUAAAAUUGAAAAUAAGUAUUGCAUUUAUGAUUUUAAAAAAUGAAUUUGCAUAUUGAAAUUCCUGUCAAUGUUUGUACUGUUACUAAGCUGAACAAAAGUUCUUUUAAUGUUUAUUUUUUUACUAAUUGGACCAUAAUUAAUGAAGGUUAUUAUUUUUAGUUUUAUUUAUUUUGUUAAUAAGAAGUAUUUAAAUUUCCCAAGUUUUAUAUAUGGCAUUAACUAGGAUAGUAAAGUUUAUGUUUUAUUCGGUAUUAAAUUAUGAUUGACCGUAAAAAAUAAGCUUUUUUGAGUGAAAAAAAAAAUUUCAUUACUUUUUUUUUCAAAUCUUAAAAAAAUUUUGUAAUUACUUUUUAAAUGAUAAAAAAUUUAAAGUAAUUUAUGACUUAAAAUUUAGCUAAUUUCUUUAAACUUGCACUCAACCAAGAUGUUGAUUAUUUAAAUAAUAUGUUUAAUUUAAGAAUAUCUUAAAACAAAUAUACAUACUUAAACAACUUUUGUCAAAUAUUUUUAAUUCAUUCAUAUAGAUAUUUUAACUUCACCUUUGAUUAAUAUAGUUUUGAAAUAUCUUUUAUCGGUAAAAGAUUUCAAUUUAAUGUUCUACUAUUUUACAUUGUGCACUUCUUUUUUAAAAAAAAUAAGAAAAGAAUGGACAAUGAAUUAAAACUUUUAUGAAAAAGGAAAUGUUUGUAUCUAUGGGGAAUGUUAAAUGAUUAUAAUUGAUACUCUGUGAGUAACAUAACAUAUUCUCCCUUGUCCCGUAUCUUUCCAAUUUUAUAAUAAUAAAGCUUAAGGGUGCUGCUCCUUGUCGCAUGCAGCAUCUUUAAAGCUUCAAUUGCUGUUAUUGGUUUUUUCCGCAUUUAUAGAUUAGUUUUAAAUUUAAGUUACGUGCUAAUAAUUUAUUUAUUAAAUUUCUGUUGCACAGUGCAUUGAAAAUAUUACUGACAAAAUUGUUCCUACAGUAAUUUGCCUGGAACGCAAGUCAAAAUCUUGUUAUUUUUAUGAUUUGAAGUAAUUGUAUUAAAAAUUUUAUUUUGUUGAAAUUUUAAGUUCGACACAUACAUCAAAAGUUGAUGUAAGUUUCAUCUGCGUUUAUGUACAAUUAACAUUAUUGGGUGUUACGUUUUAAGUUUUGUGUUUGACAUUGCACUGCAUGUGUUUACCUACCUGUAGUUGGGAUUUGUUAAUUUAUUAGUAAUCAAAAUAAAUAUUUUUAUAUUUGUUGUUUUUCUAUAUCAUAUUUGUGUUUUCAGUAUUUUCUUCCCACCUUAUAUUUGUUCAAAGCAUUUGACCUUACCUCUGAUAUUGCACUGCAUAUUUUGUUUAGAGCUUUUGAAAACUCUUGUUUUUGCAUGUUGUGAUUAUUGUUUUCUGACCUACAAAUUAAAAGUUUAUGUACUUGCUCUGUUGAUUUAUUUUUUUUUUUUCGAAAUUAAUACUUGUGAUUAAUUUUUCCUAUAAGUUUAUAUUUUUCUAUUUAGGAAUUAUUGUUUACAUUGAAUUUGAUACAUUACUCUGUUUAUUUGGUUGUUUGUAUGCACUUAAUUAAAUUUUUUUUUUGGAUUUAUUCAUUUUUA